AUGGAGAUGGAAUUUUAUAAAUCCGAGCGCGGGCGUAUGAUUUGUGCUGAGCAAGAUGAGAAGAAGCGCCAACCCGAGCCAAUGGAUUUUGAGGCUCAGGUGGCUUUAGAGAUCGAGAAAGUUCGUGCGUCGGAAAUGCAGAUGUAUUACUUGAAGAUCGGUUUCAUUCUGUAUCCCGACACUCCUGUCCUACGUGAAGCAUCUGAACGGCUUCGUAAGGAAUUUGGCUUGCCAUCCUUAUUCAACCCGCCGGAAACCCCACGCGAGCGCCAUCAGCGCAUGGUAGAACACAACAAGCGCGUGAUGGAGGAGGAACUCUGUUGUGUUGACUGCGAGAAUAAUGGCCCGGGUUCGUGUGGCCGUAUUUUGUACACCUUGGAUGAUGACGAGCCUGUUCCAAAUAUCUGGGGAUCUGGCAAUCUUGAAGAUUGGAAAGAGCCAGAUUCAGAUUUGGAUGACUGGUGGGCAGAGCACAAGCUGGAUUUUCCGGAUCCAGUCAAAACCUCGCCUGCGGAUAUGCUGUGGGUGGAUGAAGACCUCGGUCCUGACCGGACGCCCAAGAAGAAGCGUAAGCACAUCGUUGUGCAGCGUCACUCUCUGCGUGGCAUUCCCCACAACUAUUGGAAGUGAGGAUUUUUGCCGAUCGGCCGUUUGUAUUUUUAAAGCACGCCAGAUGAUUUGAUGGCUCUUUUGUUUAAAUCUCGUGCUGUUCUCUGCCUUUUCUGCGUUCUUUCUUUAUGAUGUCUCAGUGUGGCACGCUUA